AUGAGGUUUUUCCAACCAAUUUUUAUCUCGUCGCUAUUUGUUCAAGUCGCUUUAAGUUUCGAUUGGAAUUACAUCAACUACAACCAGAAACCCCUAUCACCCAUUGCGAACAAGGUCACCAUCAAAGCUCCUCCUGAUACCGACAUCUGGAGGGCAGAACCUGUCAAAGACAAUUUCACUGCGCCAUAUCUUUAUACCACAAUCAGAGCCUCAGAGUUUGAGUCUGUCCGUGUGACCAUUACUGCUGCCUGGAAGACCCUCUAUGACCAGGGUGGCCUUGUAAUAACCUUUCCUUUGGAAGAAGGACCAUUGAGAUGGAUCAAAGCUGGCAUCGAGUAUGCUGAUGGCCAUCCUAAUCUUGGUGUUGUGGCCACGGAUCGCCUGUCUGAUUGGAGCUUGAGUCCCGUUACCGACACUUCAGCCGGAAAUGGCACGGUGACAAUAGAAAUUGAGCGAGAUACUUCAUACGCAUGGGUUUAUGUGAUUGAAGGCGCCCAAAGGCGGGUGCUCAGACAAGUGACAUGGGCUUUCAGUGGUGGUGCCUUUCAAGAAAUCGAUGUGGGAAUUUAUGCGGCGAAGCCCACCAGGGAAUCUGAGGAAGGUCGCGAGUUCGAUUCGUUGGCGGUAUCGUUCUCAGAUUUUGUUCUUAAGACGAACUGCGCCCAGUAG